AUGUUUCCCACCUUCACAGGCAACUCCCGACGCCCCCGGAAUGUGAACCUCAGCGGCCAGAACCUCAAUCCCUUUGCCGCAACAUCAUGGACGCCUGUCGCAGGCUCAGGAGCCUCCAAGACCGUCUCCAACGCCCAAGCCGAACGGGCACAAAGACAACAGGAUCGAGAUAGAUUGAGGGCAUCCGAAAAGAUCCAGAAAACAUGGAGGGGCCAUAGGGUCCGGAGGCGACUUCGAGAUUCCCGCCGUGACGCCUUCGAUGCUCUGUACUCGAGCACGUCAGACCUGGGUACACAGCAGAGACUGUCGACGGCCUUGCCACUGCUAUUGACAACCUUUCAGACCCGACCCGACGACGUUAGCCGCCUGGUACUUUUCUCGAGAGAGCUUAGUACGACCAACCUCGAGUGCCUUGCUCCCGGCCAACUUCCUGCACCCAGACUUGCACGUCUUGUUCGGAUACUUGUGGAGGCUUUAGGCGAACAGACAAAGAAAAGUCAAAGCAGCGAGACCCGGCUCUUCCUCAGCCUCCUUACGCACAUAAUAAGUGUUGCCCCCGAUGCGCUCUCGACAUCACUCCGACAGUAUUACACAGCCCUAGCAGAAAUUUGCGGAGUACAAGAAACGGAUGCGGCAGCUUUGGAGUCGACUUCAAGAGCUGUCUUUGUGUCGCUCCGAGCUUCAUAUGCUGACGAUUAUUUGUUGGCUGCUUACGAGGCAUUUGCUCUGUCUUUCUUGACUCGCCACGAUCUUUAUCUCAUUGAGGAGUACUCGCAAGUCAUCUCCGAGAACCUCGAAUCCGACCGUCUCGCGUCAGCCAUCAUCAAGAUCUAUAAUAAUGGACGGAUAAGGGGUGUUGACCGGGAAGGUCGACUUUGGCUUCUUGCACAUUUCAUUGGUUUACAUCAAAAGAUCGGCCCGAAAAGCCAGGGGCUUAGGCACCUAGAUGCAUUACAUAUACAACUUUCGAGCUUGGCCACGGAAAUCAGCUUGAGGCUUUCUGUUCGAGUAGCUGACCCGGCCUCGAUGAACAUGGACCCCAGCAGCCCGGAUGAGUCUUUGAUCCGCUCCCUACCUCCAUACAUCACCAAUCAGCUCACGUCCUUGGUCAACAGAGAUGGUAUUUCGGCGCUUUUGGCUGAGCUCACUAUGUUGGUGAACCCCUCUUCUACCCUCAGAAAUUCGCUCACAUCAUCUAGUAAUUUUGGCUCUCAGUCCUCCAGUCACGAGUUCCAAAGCGCAAGCUUGCUGUCCGGGUACAUCCUGACUCUCCUACGGUGUUUCCCAAGUCAGGGUGAUGACAUUCGCAUGCGCCUUUUCUUAGGAGACGUCAGUUUGGGCCUCGAAAGCUUGCCGACAAUCCAGUUUCUUUGGCAGGCAAUGAGCCAGACGAGCAUCUACAAGCAGAUUUUGCAAAACUCGACGUCGGUGCAAGGCCUUUUACGAGACUACUUGUCAAAGUCAUCAAAGUCCAGUGACUCGCAUGAGCAGGAAUGGCGACUGGUCCUUCUAUUCCUUGAACUUUACAUCUUCAUUCUACGCUUGAGCGACGACGAAGACUUCUUCAGUGGCAUCUCCCCUGACAUAAUCAAAGCCGAGGGGCCGACUUCUCGUCUGCGAGCAUGCGGACUUUCUCUAGACGAGGUGAAGAACUUGACCAUUGUGCUCAAGCACCUGGCCUUCACGCUACAUUACAAUGCCGCGGACAUUCUACAGGGCAUCCAACACUCGGAGCCGAUCUCGAUGACCCAACUUGAGUCUUACUUUGGAAGUGGUGGUAGUACCUCUAGGAGUUCAAAGGAGGCCCGAAGCCAAGGUCCAAGAGCCAAUGCGGCUGAUACAAGGCUUGACCUCGACAGCCUGCGCAGUAUCGUCACCACAGCAUUACGACUUUUGUACGAACGAGAUUCUCGACGGCCGUUCUUACCCCGAGACCACUGGCUCAUGACAUCAAAAUUCGACAUGGAAGGGUUUGUCAGUGCUGUUGUCGCCGAACAAGAGCGACAGAACGAAGUCUCUGACUCUAGUGACGACGAAGACGGCCAGGUUGAUGAAGAUGCGAAUAUGGGUGGGCUGCACAGCAGUAUUAUUCACACCAUAGCCGGGCAACGAGUAUCACGCCACGCACAAAUUGAGAAGCUCCGGGCUCAACAACGGAAAGCACAGAGGGAUCGUCUGCUUGCCGUGAUAGGACCAAAGCUGGAGAUUCUGAGGCACAUGCCAUUCGUCAUUCCAUUUGAUACCCGUGUCCAGAUCUUCCGUCAAUUCGUCUAUCUUGACAAGCACAAACGGAGGGAGGGCAUGGAUGCUGAUCAGUGGAGAAUGACGAUGCUGCAUAAUCCCCUACGCUCUCCCGGCCGUGGUCCGGCUGGGCGACAUCAUGGCAAGAUCAGAAGAGGUCAAGUGUUUCAAGACGCCUUUGAACAAUUCUACGAGCUAGGCGAAGGCCUCAAAGAACCCAUACAAAUCCAAUUUGUCGACCAAUUUGAUACGGUCGAAGCUGGUAUCGACGGUGGUGGAGUCACCAAAGAGUUCCUUACAAGCGUGACGACAGAAGCGUUCGGGCCAAGGAAUGGUAUUUCGCUUUUCACAGCCAACAGCAAGGGGCUUUUAUAUCCCAACCCGACUGCGAUGGACGAGCUCAGACAGGUAUUGAAACGAGCCCAAGUUCCAGAACGCACAGCCGAAUGGCAAGAUCAAGUACAGGGUCUACUGCGCCAGUUCGAGUUCCUCGGUCGGAUCGUAGGCAAGUGUAUGUACGAAGGAAUCUUGGUCGACAUUGCAUUUGCUGGCUUCUUCCUCUUGAAAUGGAUCUCGGGUCAGACUGGUGACAACAGCUACCGGGGCAACGUGAACGACCUAAGGGACCUGGAUGAGGAGUUGUACCAGGGCAUGCUGCGCCUCAAAAACCACAACGGAGACGUUGUGGAUUGGGCAUUGGACUUCACGCUUAAUGAUCUGGUGUCUUUGCCAGGGGAACCUGUGCGCACUGUCACUCGAAAUCUGAUCCCCAAUGGCGAAAACGUUACCGUUACCAACGACAACCGCCUCCUCUACAUAUCCUACGUUGCCCGUCACCGUCUUGUCGCCCAACCGGCGCUGCAAACGGCCGCGUUCCUCCGAGGUCUUCGCUCGAUCAUCGCGCCUGCGUGGCUUUCGAUGUUCAACCAGAACGAGUUGCAACGUCUCGUGGGCGGCGACAGCUCCGAAAUCGAUAUUGAAGAUCUGCGUCAGAAUACGGUCUACUCAGGCCUAUACGAGGUUGGGGACGAUGGACUAGAGCACACCACCGUGCAGUUGUUCUGGAAAGUCAUGGCCAACUUCUCUGAUCGGGAGCGGCGAGACGUGCUCAAGUACGUGACAAGCACGCCACGGGCACCUUUGCUGGGCUUCUCACAGCUGAGUCCGCGGUUUAGUAUCAGAGAUGGAGGAGAGGAUCAGGAAAGACUGCCAAGCACCAGCACAUGCGUCAACUUGCUCAAGUUGCCGCGCUACAAGGAUCGAGAGACUCUCAGAAAGAAGCUGCUUUAUGCGGUUUCUUCCGGAGCCGGGUUCGAUCUCAGCUAA